AUGGCAAAUGAUUCAAAGCGGCUCUCACAAGAUGAAUUCCUUGGUCGACGAAUGUUACAGCGACAUCUACGACAGACUUCCGGGACGUCUUCGUCCUCAGGAUCAUUCACGUCCCUUGCUAGCGGUGGGUUCAGUCCUGGUACCCUUACAGGGAGUGGGACUGGGUCACUGGGUGCUGUGAGCUUCAAUCCAAAUCAAUUCAAUUCAAUGAUGGGACAAUCUUCAAGUGGUUUCACUGGCGGAUCUUUUGGCAAUUUCGGUUCUGGAAGUAAUAUGGGCUCCGGAUUUGGUUCAUCUGGAAGCUUUGGUUUCGGGGCUUCGUCUGGAACUGGGUCAUUAGGAAGUACCUCAGUAUCUGGAGGAUUUGGGUCAGGAUCUUUUGGAUCCGGAUCUUCAUCAACAGGCUCAGGGUUUAAUGCAGGAUCAUUUGGGGGUUCUGGUGCAGCGUCUGGCUUUGGAAUGGGAUCCACCUUAACUGGAUCAGGUACAUCGUCAGGGACUGGGUCUGCAUCCUCCGGAACAUCUGCAGGUUCUAGUGCUGCAUCAGGAUUUGGAAUUGGAUCAGGCACUGGUUCUAAUACUGGAUCCAGUUCACCUUCCGCAACAAAUAUGGGAUCGAGUUCAUCUGGUAGCAAUGGUUUUAAUGUUGGAAGCUUCGGAAUGGGAACGAAUUCUGGAAAUACAUCUUCUAGCGGAACCGGAAUGGGUAGUUCUGGCAAUUUCGGAGUGGGGUCAUCCUCUUUCGGUGUUGGGUCGAGUGGAUUUGGAAUGGGCUCUGCAGGAGGAACAGGAAGUUUUAGUGCAGGAUCUGGAGGUUCAGGUUCAUCAACAGGUGGAUUUGGAAUGGGUUCCGCAGGGAGUACACUUGGUUCAGCGUCGUCUGGGUCAACGAAUGGGAUUGGAGGUUCUGGUUCCUCAUCUGCAGGAUCUGGAUUUGGAACUUCAUCUACAUCGCAAGGAUCGACAAAUGGACUGGGAAGUGGAUCGUCAUCAUCUAGUUCUGGUUUUGGAUCUGCGUCUGGAUUUGGGUCAUCUUUUUCAGGCGGAAGCUCGGGGGCAGGCUCAUUAUCUUCAGGAUUUGGUUCAUCUUCAGGAAAUACUACCUUAAGCAAAACUCCAACCUCUUAUUCAACUAGCAAUGGGCCUGGCACAGGAAAUGGUCGCUUUGAUUACAGUAAUAAUUUUGGAAGUCAGAGUGCUUCUACUGGAUUCGGUGCAUUUAGUAGCAACACUUUGAACAAACCUGGUAGUGGUUUUAUUAGGCCAAGCCUACUGGAUGCCAGUUUUGGCUCAGGAAUGCCAAAGGGUGGUAGUUUUGCUGAUGGAAUUAAGGGUUACAACACAGCUGCAUCUGUACCCGGGGGUCCUGGAGUAAGUGGCAGUAGUGUAGGAGGAAGCACAGGAGGAUCCUCUGGUGUAGUAAGCAGCGUAGGAAGUAAACUUGGUAUUUCCGGCUCGGGGGCCAAUGUAGGGGCAAGUAAAGGAGAUGAUGGAUCAACGCUUAAUGGAUUUGUCGGAAGUUUUACUGGAAAUAGUCUUGGUAACGUCUCAAAUAUUGGAGGAUUUUCUCCGUCAAGCUCAGGAAUAGGUGGAAGCAGUGCAGUAACCUCGGGAGGAGGUGCUAGUACCACGGCAGGCGGAAGUGCUUCCUCUUUUGGAAAUAGCGGGGGUGGCUCAGCUAUGGGGUUUGGCAGUAGUGGGUCCACUGGCUCUAGCUCAGGAGGAUUAAAUGGUGGUUCGAGUGGAUUUGGGUCAGGGGGGUUCGGUGGAAGUGGUUCAGGUGGCUUUGGUUCCGGCGGUUUUGGUGGAAGUACAAGCGGAAGUGAUUCGGGUGGGUUUGGUGGCACAAGUGCAGGUGGAUUUGGAUCAGGUGGAUUCGGUGGAAGCUCAACUGGAAGUGGUUCGGGUGGCUUUGGAUCAGGGGGUUUUGGUGGAAGUUCAAGUGGUACAAACUCAGGUGGGUUUGGUUCGGGUGGUUUCGGUGGAAGCAGUUCAAGUUCAACGGCAUUUGGCGGAGCUGGGGACGGUUCUAAAAAUGGAUUUGGGUCAAACACCGGGGGUUUCGAAAAGGGAAGCGGUUUUUCCUAUACAGAUGGCUCAAUGAGUAAAGGUAUACAUGACACACAUGCUGGAGGCGGUCCUGUGUAA